UUUCAACAUUUUUAAUCUUAAAACCUAUAAAUGAUCAGUAAUCGCCGUUGCAAAAUCAAGUAGCAAUCCAACAAGAACACCAACCAAGUAGCUGUUUGUGACUGCUGCAACUGCCAUAUACAUGCGCACUCUUUUAUAUAUGAUCAAUUCAUCUAUUUAUUAUACCCGUUAAAUACUCAAAACAAUGGUCGCCAUUCCCAAGACCCAAACCGCAGCUACGGUUCCAAAGCUGGGUGGCGGCGUCGUCUUUAAGCACGACUAUCCGGUUCCCCAACCUGGAUAUAAUGAAGUCUUGGCCAAAAUUCUCUAUUCGGGCGUUUGUCAGAGCGAUCUCCAUACGCAAGCGGGCACAGCGUUGGCAACAGAUGGAUCGUACUUCCACAAUAUUAAACUGCCCCAUGUAGGAGGGCACGAGGGUAUUGGCCGUAUUGUGGCUCUGGGCCCUGGGGUAACUGAUGACAUUAAAAUUGGCAGCUAUAUCGGUGUCCCGUUUAUAGCCCGUGUUUGCCAUCGAUGCAAAUUUUGUUUAGCUGGAAAAGAGCAAUAUUGCGCCAAGCAGUUGAAUCACCUGCAUCACACUGAUGGAAGCUUCCAGGAAUAUAUUGUCAUGAGCGCUGGAUAUCUAGCUGUGCUGCCUGAUGAUAUUGAUCCGGUUCUCAUGGGACCCAUUCUCUGCGCGGGAGUGACUACUUAUAAGGCAGUCAGAAAUGCAAAUGUCAAGGCCGGCGAUUCCGUAGUGAUUGUUGGUGCUGGCGGUGGACUCGGCCAUCUUGCAGUUCAAUAUGCGUUGGCACAAGGAGCUAUUGUCUAUGGUGUCGACGGCGGUGCCGAGAAGGGAGAGUUCUUGAAGUCGUAUGGUAUCCACGGCUAUAUCGACUUUACGACUACGCCUGAUGUUGUUGAAAAGGUCAAAGAGCUUACCAAUGGCGGAGCAGAUGCAGCCAUAGUGGUAGCAAACAACCAAAAGGCUUAUGCUCAGGCCGCAGAGAUGCUUACUAUCGGCGGAACGCUCAAUUGUGUGGGCCUCCCACCGGACAAGGUCUAUCUUCAGACUACCAUCACCUCUAUCGCACUCAAGGCCCUUAACAUUACAGGUAAUCUGGUUGGAUCGCUUAAAGAGUGUCUAGAGGCGGUUGAAUUUGUAAGAAGAGGCGUUGUGAAGCCCAAGGUUGUCGUUCGACCAUUUGAGGACUUGCCGAAGAUUUAUGAAGAGCUCCUAAGAGGCGAAGUUUUGGGACGCAUUGUGCUUAAAAUUGCAAAGGACGAGUAGAUUAGGCUCGCAAUUACAUGUUUAAUACAAGAAGAAGAAAAAAUUCAGUUAGUUGCUAAGACUUGCCGCACCAUUUUAAAAUAGGAAAGCUGUCUAUGUGCUGGAUGGGGAAAAAAAAAGUUUCGG